AUGCCGCGCUACACCGAAGGACUUCUUGGCGGCUUUCAGCUCCCCAAGAAGCCUCGGUCGCCUUAUUCGCUAUUGAAGAAUGCCAUUAAGAAAGCAAAGGCAAAACAUGAACAACGAGAGCUGGAACGUCAGAUUGAGUCGAUGCAAUCGGCAUUGAAGACCUACCAGCAAAGAAGUGAAGAGUUUUUGAUUGUGGCAGGAGCUGCCUUUCCCAAAAUCAAGGACUGCAAUGGUGACAUGCGUCACGAGAAGGACUUCACCGUCAAGCCACGAGUGGAUGGCACCUUUAACACACCCAGACGCUGUCGACCCAAGCGAUGGCAAGGGUCGUUGGCCAGUGUCUCGGAGGCGGACGAUGUCAACACUUCAUUGUCACUUCCCUCGUUUGAUGAGUCUGUGUUGACGGUAACACAGCCCACACCUAUGGAAGUGAGCAUUGAAGUCUGA